AUGGAGAAGGUUCUGUCAGAGUUUUGGCGCGACGUGCCAGAUUUGACUCUGCGUGAAGGCGAGAACUUCCAGCAGAGUGCGGUAGAGCCACUGACGCAGUCCCUGUUGGAGCCGCGUCGGGAAGGUGCUCCAUGGACCACACAGAGACUUUGCGAGCUUCUCGCGCAACCGCGGGCGAGCUACAAGUCCACCAGGAAGUUCAUGUAUGCGCUUCAACGAGCGAUUUUGAUAACGACGACAGAGGAGGCACUGGCCCCUCGUGCCGUCCCGGUCUUGCAGCUCUCUGGCCCUGGAGGUCUGCUGCUAGAUGCUGCCGAGGGCAGGGCCACAGAGACCACAACGGCAGCAGCCAUCUCUGCUGCAGCCACACUGCCUCCAGACUCGGAAGGCGUGGCGACCCUCCAGGGUGACACCCUGACCGAAGCUCCCAAGGAGGAUGGUACUGAAAGCCAGGCGCCAGCGUCAACACCCACCGCAAGGAAGAGAAAGCUGCCAGAGGAGCUGGCCAAUGGUGCUGUCGAGGAAUGA